AUGCCUUCUCCCUCUGUGAUCCUCCUGAUAGUGACCUUGACCUGCCUACCUGACCCUGCCCACCUAGUUCAAGUCAUCUCAUUUGACCUUGUAGAGGAGCAGGAGGUCAACGUUGCGGUAGGAUCUGUCACGGACGUUCUGGAACUGGAUGAAGAGAAGACGGAUGACCUCUUGGCCUCUCUCCGGUACAGUGUCCUGCCUCAUGGUUAUCCCCACAGUUCCCUGUUCCGGAUCACGGAUGGGAGGGGGGAGAUAUUUGCCGUGGAGAGAAUCGACAGGGAAGAGAUAUGCAGUUUUGCAACGUCGUGUUCUCUCAACCUAGAGUUGGUUGUGCAAUCGUCAACGUUCCAGCUGUUCAAGAAGGUCCGGGUUAAUAUUGUAGUCAUUGACGUCAACGACAACGCUCCCACGUUCCCGUCGAAGUCUGUAGCUCUGGACAUCUCGGAGUCCGUGUCCGUCAAUUCGUCGUUUGCGGUUGAAGGAGCAAUUGAUCCGGACACUGGACGCAAUGCUCUUCAGACAUAUGAUAUUCUUAGAGCAGACGGAGUGUUUGACCUUGACAUUAAAAAGAAUCUCGAUGGCGGCAGCGUUGUAAAUCUUAUUGUUAGAGAAACCUUAGACAGAGAGCGGAGGGAUUUCUACAGAAUUUAUCUAAUGGCGAAAGAUGGUGGAAUUCCUCGCAAGUCUAGUCUUCUAAUGGUUAAUAUAACAGUCACAGAUAUCAAUGACAACGCACCAGAAUUUCCAUUUGCACAAUAUAACGCCACUGUCAAGGAGGUGGUUUCUGUUGGCCACGUGGUUCUGGGCAUUACCGCAUCUGACGCUGACGCUAGUGUCAGUUGGAGACCAUUUUAUAGAAUCAGCCCUCUCCAGUCAGGUGAGGCGAGAAAGUUUUUCAACAUGAAUCCUAGAACAGGGGAGAUAACCGUCAUAUCCCCGCUGUCAGAGAUCCAAGGAAGAAAACUGAAGUUCGUUGUGGAAUGUGUUGAUGGUGAUACUCCACCGCUGGUUGGCCAGAGCGAGGUGGAAAUAUUCGUCCAGGAUACAGAAAAUACAGAGCCAGUUAUAAAUCUCAAUCUUCUGAAUGGCGGAAUGGUGUCAGAGUCCUACAAGCUUGGCACAGUUGUAGCUCACCUUGCCGCAAGCGAUCCGGACUCGGGGAGAAACGGCUACGUCAAAUGUUCCAUUGAUAGCUCGACAUUUGAGAUCCAGAACCUCGACGUCAGUGAAUACAAGGUGACCUUGAAGCGGUUCCUUGACAGGGAAUCUGAGAGCGAAGUCGGUGGAAUUAUCACCUGUCAAGAUGAAGGUGAACCUCCCCUGAACAUCACUGAAUCGUUCACAAUGACAGUGUUUGAUGAGAAUGAUAACGAACCCACCUUCACUAAAGAAGUGUAUGAGAUUACUAUAGAAGAAAAUAACCAACCUAACAUCACCCUGCUGCAGGUGACGGCACUCGACUCGGACUACGGUGAUAAUGGGAAAGUACAUUACUCCAUCACAGAGGGGCGUGACUCUGGUGUGACGAUUUCUCAACAAGGGGAGAUAAAUGCGCUACUCUCAUUCGAUCGAGAAGAUAAGGCACGGAUUCUGUUGAUUAUUAUGGCUAAAGAUAACGGCACUCCUAGUUUAAAUUCUACUGCAACGGUUGUGAUUAAUCUUCAAGAUGUCAAUGACGUAGCCCCGACGUUCAGCCAAAGUAUUUACUCAUUUGAAACUCCUGAAAACCUGCCCCGAGGAACUCAGGUAGGUCAAGUGUCGGUGUACGACCUUGACGAUGGAAGAAACGGCGAAGUGUUCUUAAGUAUUGAAUUAUUAUUCGAGGAUAUUGAAAGUUUCCCGAUAUCUGUCACCCAAACAGGGGAACUGAAAACAACCAGACCCUUAGACAGGGAAAGGGAAAAUCAUUUUGAGUUUGCAAUACUCGCAACAGAUAAAGGAAGAGAGCCCAUUACAAGCACUGCUAAGAUCUUUGUUGAUGUUAAUGAUAAGAACGAUAACGCUCCUGUUCUUUUCUUCCCAUCUGAAAUAAAUGACACUAUUUCUGUAACUUACAACACUGAUCCGGGUACAGUCGUGGUGAACAUUGAUGCUAUCGACAACGAUGCGGGUGAUAACGGCAAGCUCGAGUAUAUACUGACAUCAAUUGAGAGGGUAGAAAUAAGACUUGAGGGCGUUGAUUUUGACGAUCAAACGGAAGAACUAUUUAGCCUCGAGUCCGAAACAGGGGAGAUAACUCUAAUACGAUAUCCUACCCUAGAUGAUUUGGGAGUGUAUUCUCUAAACAUCAUGGUUCGAGACCACGGUACUGUGUCGUUGUCGACGAACACCACGUUAAUCCUAGAAAUAGUUGCUAGUAACGAGACAAUAGUAGCUCUGCUAACUGGUACGGCGGAAAGCAAUAACAACACGACGAUAGUAACGGCACUGGGAUGUCUGACCGGCCUCGUCAUCGUUGUAGUAGUCGUAAUAAUCUUUACUAUUAGGAUGAUUGAUAGGGAGAGAACGCUGAAACGUCAGCAACAGUUGCACGUGAAAGUGGAACCUCGCGACGGCGACUUGAAGUAUGAUGGGGAGAUCCUUGAAAGUGGUCACAAGCUGACACGUUCUUUGUCGUCACCGAGGCUGUCUAGUCAGGUGUCCCAUGGAUGGAAGUUCCUGUCAGCGUGGCAUCUGGGGUCCGGCGACAGCAGCAAGUUGGCGGCAGCACACAAUUGGGCGAGGAGUAAGACAAGGAAGGUAUCCGCCGACAGCAACGACAGUGGUAACAGCGGAAGCGACAGCGGCAAAGGGGGGAGUGACGACGAUAACCAUAGCAACGAGACUUCAUCCCUUCAAGGCAACUCAACGGACAGGAAGCUCUUAGCAACUGACUACAAUCCGCCCGAACCAGAGUACAGUGUCGUUAUUCGACCAAAUAAGGAGAAAUUUGACUGCAUGCAGAGCAGACGACUCUUGCCGAAGCUGGACGAGAUUUCACUGCCCUCGGACGAGCUGUAUGCCGACUACUGCAGUUUGGAUACAAUCAAGGAAGAACCAGAAAGUCCCUAUAAGGAGAUCGAUUUUCAUUUUGAGACCCCGGUUCCUAAAUUGCGACAGCCGAAAAAACUGCCUCGGAACAUCAUGAAAGAUAACGAAGAUCAAGGACUCAUAAGGGCUAAAAGUCGAAACGAUCUGCGCAUGUCCGGUGACAGUUCGGAUGAAGAGACUCUGAAGAGGGCUAGUGUCGAUGGCGUCAAUUUGAAAUGUGGCGAUUCCGUCAUAUUUGAUUUAGAUCUGCAGAAAGUUGACGAUAUCUUCGUCUGA